AUGACAUUAGAACAAGCAGUAAUUAUCAAUUUAAUUUAGUUAUCUGAAGAUAGGGAAUAUUUAAGAUUGUAAAAACUUACUGAGGCAUUAAAACUUAUAACAAAUGAAAUGCCUUAUAUGAAAACUUUUAAUCAGGUAUCCACCAUUAAAAAUUGUAAAAUAUUUAUACAAAUAAAAAGUAUUAUUUGCUUACCCAUUCAAUCCAAUAACUGUAGAACUUGUCAUUACAAGUCUAAUAGAUCAUUUUUAAGAUGAACAAUUUAUUUAUACUUUUUUUUCAGCUAUAAUGGAAUUGGCAUAAAUAUAAGAACUGAACACUUAGUUCGGACAUCGUAAAUCAAAAAUAAUGGAUAAGUAUUAUUUACUCAAAUUAUUUGAGUUUUCCAUAAGCAAAGUCAAUCCAUGUUCCUCACCAAGUUGGAUAGAGAUAUUGUAGAGCUGUUUAUGAAAACAUUUUAGAAGCAAAAAAAUUUGCAUGCCAAUAUUUGAAAUAGUUGUUUGAUGCUGCAAUAUAAUUUUAAUAAGAUAUCUAAUACUUUUCUAUGGUUUUUAAAUUAUUGAUCAAAAACUCAAACAACACUGAAUUUAUUCAUUUUGUAAUAUAAAAAUAUGAAGAAUGCAAAACUGAAUUAUUUGGAAAUCAUAAAUGGAUUGAUGAUUUAGAUGAUGAAAUUAUUGAAUGUAAGUUUUAAUAAUAAUAGUUUAUUAGAUUUUGAAUAAAGUUAAAUACCUAUGCCCUUUGCUGUAAGUAAAAGUUUAGAAGAGUAAAGAUAAGAUUUUAAAUUGAAAACAAUCUAAAACAAUACAUCAAAUUAUGAUAAUUCUAUUGCUGAUUCUUCAUUUUUUGAUGAAGUUGAUUUAAUGAAAAAAGAGCUUGAAACUCUAUAUGUAAAUAUGUAGAAAUGGCUUUGUGUAGUUGGGACUCCCUCUCUAAAAUCUAGAAUUGAAUAUUUAAGUGAUGAACAUCAUUUUGAAUAUUUAAUGUCUUUCAUAUUUAAUCCAUUAAAACAUGAACCAAUUCAAGAUUGGGUAUAAUGAAUAUUUAUUUUUAGGAGGAUAAAUUUAAUGAUUUAUAAGUUGAAGUUGAGUAAACAGAUUAUAAAAUAGAAUCAUAAUUACCAUCUAAAUAUGAAUUAAUAAGAUCAUAUAAAACUACAUUAAUAUUUUUAACAGAUGAUAAUUUUUAAGUUAUGAUUCAAACUGUUCCUAAAUUAAUACCAAUUCUACGUAUAAUAUGUUAUUAAUAUUUAAGUUUAUCAAAUAAAAAUAAGUUUAGAAGAAAAAAAUAAAUCAGUUAAUUUAUUACAUAUAAGUUGCAUUUUGGAUAAAUUUCUUCAAAAAUAUCCAAAAUCAACUCUACUAUUAAUGACUGAAAUGAAUCUAUUUUAAAUUCUUGGAAAAUAUAUCUAUAAUAAUAAAUUAGCUACUAUAUUAGUUGAUGUUUUAGAUAUAUAAAUUGAUAGAUAUGGUAUUGGAUCUUCAUGUUAAGAAUAAUUAUGGAAAUACUUUUAACGUAUUAAUUGGUUUGAAGCUAUUUCAAUUUUAUUAAUCAAUAAAGAAUUUUAAUUUUUAAUUUUGGAUCCAAAGGAAAACUAGAAAUUCACUUAAAUUUUUAGAUCAUUUGCAUUAAGUGAAAAAGAAAAAACACCACCAAUUAUUGAUUGUGAUGAAAAGAAGAAGUUAACAGAUUUUCUUGGAACAUUAUAAGCAGGUAAGACAAUGGAAGAAUAUUAUAAUUCAAAUUAAUUGAAUUGGCAAAUAAAUUAAACUUAAAGAGAACAUUUAUUAUAUAGUGAAAUAGAAGUUUAAGAUAUUGAUGGAUUCAAAAAGUUUGUAGAAGAAAGAGAUUCAAAUCUUUAACGAUCUAUACAUAGAAUUAAAACUUAAUAAAUGAUUAGGUCUACCAAAAUCACAAAUUAAAUUAAAAGAAAACCUUCUGAAGUUAUAAGAUUUAUUUAAAUUAAUAAACCAAUUUUAAGAGGUUUCCAUGGACAUAGAAGAUUUUGUGAAAGCAUAGAUUUUUAAACAGAUACAAUUAGAGAAGAUUUUAAUCAUGAUGAGGAAUUUAAACUUCAUAGGUCUAAUCCAGGAAGUCAUAGAACAAGUCACCAAAAUUCUGAUGAUGGUGAUGAUGAUUUGGGAUCACUUUCACCUAGAAAGGUAAAGAUUUAUCCUGGUUAUAAAUUAAAUUUAUAUGUUAGUGAUUUUGAAAAGAAUGAAACUUAAUUUAAAAUCAAUAAACUUUAUUCAUAAGAAGCAAUAUAAUUAUUAAAGUUCUCAAUUACUUCAUUAUUCAAUUUUUUAGAUUUACAACACACAAAUAAAAUAAAAGUAGAACAACAAAAAAUUGAAAUUAAACCUAUCAUUAAUUCUAUAUUAACAUCUUAAAUUAUAAUGAAACUUCACUAAUUUUUUUUAUAUGGAAUUUUGUAAGAAGAAACAUCUAAUGAAUAUUAAUUGGCUGAAGAAUGUGGAAUUAUUGUAAAUAAGAUUUAUAAAUAUUCUUUGCUCUACUAAGAGUUGCAGGAAAUUAAACCAAUUUUAUAAGAUACAUUUCUAAAAUCUGCAGAAUACCUGUGCAAAUUAAUAGUCAGAGCAUAUCAAAACUUUAAUUAAGAUAAUAUUCCAGGACUUAAAAAAAUUUAAACAUUUUUACUUCUUACUUUCAAGCAUGGUUAUUAAGUAUUUCAUUUAGAUCCUCAUUCUAAAGAGGAUUAUGGAGUUCAUAAAUUCUUUCAUUCAACUGUUAUUCAUAUCAUAAUAUAUUGGUUUUUUAAUAGCCAAAACAAUAAUAUAUAUUAGAAUAUCUUUUUGAAGUAUAUAUUUUUAUAAUAUAUCAUAGAUUCAUUACUUUGGUGUUGGCUAAUGCUCCACCUGUAAUUUUGAGUAGUAUCUUAUUUAGACUUGGACUUAUAGGUUUACUCUUUGAUACCUAUAAUAUUUAUUGUUUGAAUGGAAGUGAACAUGUUCUUUUAGCAGAUAGUCUUCUUGCUCAUGUAAAAUGUAUAGUUUAUUCUAUAAAUGCUUCAAUAACACAUAGAUAAUUAACAAAAAUUUAGAUGAAUUUGAGAUGUCUUGAUUCUUGGAAAAAGCUUAUAGAUAUUAAUCCAAAAGGAGACCUAUCGAUCUAUAAAGAAAUAAAUUUUAUCAUCAAUCCAAACUUCAAUUAUAAACAUAGCAAAAUAAAUUUCUAUUCUUCUUAAAUGUCAAUAGAAAACAAUGAAUAAAAUAAUACUCCAAAAUUAAAUAGAAUAAAGGAUUAAUAUAAUUCAUAAAGAUUGAAAGGAAACUAUAAAGUUUAAAAUAAGCUUCCUCUUUUAAAUCCUCUUAAUUAAAAAUAAAAAGUUUUGUCAAAAACAUUUAGUACAAAUAUUAAACGAUGA